AUGAGCUUCAGUAGUCUAAGUGAUUCAGAGGAGAGCGAGAGGGUUCAAAAUGAGUCCUGUACAAAUUUUAGAGAUGCAAUGGAUGAUUUUGACGUCUCAACAUGUAAACGAUUUCCUUCUAUCAUCUUGGGUAAUUCUCCGCAAGUGGAAUUGUAUGAUGAGACCAUGUCUUGUGAUGAGGCCAUAGCUUGGUCAGGAAAGAACCAUUUUCUUGUAUCUGAAAUAUAUAAAGGACUUCUAUCUGGUUCUCUGGGUGCAAAGUCUAUUGAUCCAGAUUGUUUCUAUGAGCUUUUGCCUUCUCUUCAGUCUGGCCUUCCAAGCGCUAACUCUUCUUUAUUUAGAGAUGGAAGUUCUUAUGAAUUAUCUUUAUCUGCUGAGCCCCUAAACAUCGAGGCAGAAACGAACUCAGAUCCCAAAAUUACUGUGGAUGAUUCUUCAACUAGAGCUUUGCCUGAGAUCCUUCCAACAGCUGGAUCUGUUGAAUUGAUUCUAGACAAUGCUAUCAGUUGCAUUCCUGGAUUGAGUAAGAGGCAAUGUCAUCAGCUGGAAAAUUGUGGCUUUCAUACGUUGCGGAAAUUGCUCCACCAUUUUCCUAGGACCUAUGCUGAUCUACAGAAUGCACAGUUUGGAAUUGAUGAUGGGCAGUACCUGAUUUUUAUUGGGAAAAUCUUGUCUUCGAAGUGA